GGGAAAAAAUCACAUUUUGAAUGGUCGAUUUCUCCGCGUUCUCCGCCGAUGUGCGAAAAUUUGCCUGCCGAAAUUCACAGUCCGACAAGACACUCAUCAACACUUUGCUCCUUGGUGGGAGCUUCUGCUCAACGUACUAAUUUCCAGUAUUAUCUUCUGGCCUACAAUAGCUGUUGGGGCACUUCUUGUCUAUCUCCUCGAAACAUUCACUGUCUUUGGAGCUCCUUCACGACCCAGGCCACGUCUACCGUAUACCACUCGACGUUAUCCGCCUUUUUUCCUUGACGGUCUUUGGAUAUCAGACGAGCAAGCUAGAGCCUUCACACCCACAUUCGUAAUCCCUAAUCUUCUUCACUGAAAAAUCAUAUAAUGUCUUUAUCCACUUCUGACAACAACGGCUCCUAUACGAGAGUGCCUCCUUCUGGAAAGACACCGCCGCCAGCUCCUUCCGCUGCUUUUGCGAAAAGAGCGCGUGAGCUUCAGGCAGAGCAGACUAUAAAUGCAAGAUAUAGACCGCCUGCUCUGCGCGCCAUUGCAUCUGGUGGCUCUCCUCCAAACGACGCAUCUCCUACUGUCACAACUCCAGGCGAUGGUAGUACUUUGCCACCUACUAAUUACCCAGCGGGCUUUAGAAGGGCUAGGGCCGGCACCCUUCCUUCCAACGUCCAGCUUGCCGCACAGCGUUUCGCUGCUGCCUCCAGUACGCUUGGCAGCACCCCUGCUUCCACUGAAUCCCUUCUGGAGCAGUCUCAGCGACCUUCUGUCACGCCUUCCGCCAAUCUUGCACCCUCCCGGCCGAAUUUACGUCACUCCAACACUGCGGUCACUUCCUCUGCCUCAGUCAAUCGACUUAGAUCCGAGUCUUUGACUCUUCCUGCUGCUGGGUUGUCUAAUAAUCCUUUUAGCCACUCACUCUUCUCAUCCUCGUGGCUUUCAGGCAAUGGUUCAGGAAACGGAUACCCCGUUCUCGAGGAAAUGCGAUCUAUGACUUCCGCCGAGGUCGAUGACUUUGAUGUUCAUACACUUGAUUAUCUCGGUCUAGAUGACACCAUACGUCCUCCAGCUACCAUCUCCGAGCUUCGUACACAGGCUCAGGCUGCUAUUGCUGGAAACCUUGCUGGAAACCCCUCUCGGUUACGAGCCAGCACUGUGUCUAACCCUUACCGAUCCAGGCCUUCCAUUGCGGGCUCGCUUUUUUCUCCAGCCCCCCCAGCCGAGGAGGAGGAGUAUGACGCUUACGAUGAUCAAGCUUUUUCGCGUCAGCGUCUGAGCACUUACGAAACUUCGAGCUCCGAUAAUUAUUCGCCAGCCUCGUACGUAGCCAAAGGUUUCAAGCAAAGUGGGGAUCUUCUUUCUGCACCUACUCGACCCCGUGCCAUCUCUGUAGGCAAUCUUGAAGAGCCUACACGUACGUUUCAGAGACGUGCCACUGUUGUUGACGCUCAUCCAUACAUCAAUGAACUCACUCAACAGAGUUCUGGUAUGAGUGUCAUGUCUAAUAAUUUGGGCACUCCUGGCAUUCUGCAAAGUUCGGAUAAAUUAGGCUCGGUCCGUGGUGGAACAUCCGUUCAUUUCCCUAAUGGUGAGACCCCUAGCAGAGCUUCAGCGUAUUUACUUGCUCCCGGUGCUACUAAUCGCUCUCUGUCACCUAAGUCUGAGGGUCCAUCGUCACAAAUACAAACUCCUACUCGUUCCCUUUGGAUUGGAAACCUUGACAAUGCUGUGACCAGCGAACAGUUGAUUCACGUUUUUGCGCCCUACGGCGCCAUUGAAAGCUUGAGGCUUUUGCCGGAGAAGGAGUGUGGAUUCGUCAACUUUGUUGACCAAGCUGAUGCCAUUCGGGCAAAGGACGAUGUCUUGAACCGGUUGGGAGGGAAUAUUGGCAUGCCGAACGGGCAAACUGUACGCAUCGGCUUUGGAAAGGCUGACAGUGCCCCUGUAGCUCCUGCAAAAGGAAAUCCUUCUACCCCAGGGCCACUCUCACCUGGAGUCUCCUCCGCAAAGUCUCUCAGUGCGUCUGCCACACCUGGGGGCAUCGACGCGCAACUUCAGUCAACUCCUACUAGAGCACUCUGGAUCGGCUCCAUUCCUUCCACAACCACACCUGCAACCAUCCUCAGCGUGUUUAGCCCGUACGGUCCUAUCGAGUCAGCGAGAGUUUUGACGCAUAAAAAUUGCGGUUUCAUUAACUUUGAACGUCUUGACGAUGCCGUUCGGGCACGUAAAGCGUUGAAUGGUCGCGACGUCCUGGGAAGUGAUGUUGGAGCCAUUCGAAUUGGUUUCGCCAAAGUUCCUGUCAAGAAUGGUCAGGAUGGCACUGGCGCAGAGGACAUCCCGGGUCCUGUCCAAGGAAUCGGCAAUUUGAGUGUUGGAGCAACAAUCCACGCUCUCCGCGCCGUCAAGGGUGCAAUCACGAUUCCCGCCGACCAACAGGUCCUCAGCGGCGCUGUCGAAAAUUAUAGAUCCAACUUGUUGCUCAGUAUGAUUGGGUCGGGCAUCCAUGACGCGUCGUUUGCUCCAGAUGGUCUUGCGAAGCCUCCUGGAUGGGUUCCAGCAGUAACUGAGCAGCAGAUGAUCAUGAAGGAACUGAGUGUUGGUAGUGCUGACGCGGAAGCGGAUAUCGCAGCUCUUGCAGACUUCAGACCGCCUACCAUGUACUAUACGACUAUUCCGCUCGUGUCAGAUCGGCCGCAUAACAGACGUUGGGAUGCCUCCAAGCUUCGUGACUUGCGCAAGCGACUGGACUCGGGAACCAUGACUGCUGAGGAGGUCGAUACUGUUGCGGGUGACUUCCUCGACGGUGAAAUCGUCGAUCUGGCUUCUGACUGGCUUGGCAACACGGUUGUCCAAAAACUAUUCGAGAGAUGCUCUCCCGGACCCAAGUUCGCCAUGUUGGAACGCAUUUGUCCCAGUCUGGCUAUGAUAGGAAUCCAUAAGAACGGGACAUGGGCGGCGCAGAAGAUCAUUGAGUGUGUUGCCACUCCGGAAGAAAUUGGACUGGUUGCCCAGAACCUUAGACCAUAUGCACCACCACUUCUGUUGGAUCAGUUUGGAAACUAUGUCGUCCAGUGCUGCCUCCGUUUUGGCGCUCCGGCCAAUGACUUCAUUUUCGACGCCAUUGUCGAUCGUAUGUGGGAGGUUGCCCAAGGUCGUUUCGGUGCUCGUAGCAUGCGUGCAUGCCUUGAGAGUCCUCAUAUUACUCUUAGCCAGCAACGUCGCAUAGCCACUGCAGUCAUCCUGAACUCCAUUCCUUUGGCUACAAACCCUAAUGGUGCCCUUUUACUCACUUGGCUCCUCGAUACGUCUGGGUUCCCUUCACGUUACAACCUCCUUGCGCCUCGUUUUACACCUCAUCUCUCGCACCUCUGUACCCACAAACUGGCUUCGUUGACCGUUUUGAGGAUUGUCAAUCAAAAAAUUGAACCGGAGGCUUCGCGGCAGAUUGUCGAAGCGUUAUUUGCCUCAUCGGGUGACCAUGUCCUCACAGACGUGCUCGGUGACCAAGUCAAUGGCGUAGCCGUCGUCCACAAAAUAUUGACCAGUCCUUUCCUUGACCCCAUGGAUAAAGCAGUUUAUAUGGAAGCUACGAAACGCGUCCUCAUCGAGCUGAAGGUUAUUGCCACCCAGGCAUACCGCCGUUUGAUUGAAGAAGUUGGUCUUCCCAUCCCCAAUUAUCAGCCCACUUAUACGAAUAGUGUUCCUGUAAGUGGGAAAGGCAAGAACUCCCAGAACUCGUAUGUCCCAGGUCUUCCACAAGGCUAUCCUUCCAAUGAUCAGGGACUGGCUUCGAUGAUGGCGGCGUUGCAAAUGGGCGGCCAGAAUCCUCAGGCUGGACCUCCUCAGCUACACAUUGACCCGACAUACGAGGUGGCCGGUGGGAGACCUCAGGCGAAUCCUCAGAAUGUCUACAAUCCUGGAAAUGAUCAUUAUAACUCGUAUGGCAUGCGCCAACCUGAAAUGACAAGCCCUCGCGGUUCAAUUCGUCGUACCGGUAGCCUUCCGGCUGCGGGAACCAACCCUCAAAAUGGACAGUAUAGCACCCAGAAUGGACAGUAUGGUGCCCAGUCGCCUAGUUUAACGCAAGGCGGUACGAUGCUCCAAUACGGUGGAAUGCCUGCACAGAACAUUCCUGCGCACCUAUACCAAACUCCCCAAUAUAUGUACUAUGCACAGAACUCUCCUAACAUGGGACCAUACGCUUGAACGAAGAAAAAUUUGAUAUUACGACCCAAGUUCACGAAUGUCAUUCCUUUCUCCUCCCGACCAUUAUCUAUCACGUUCCUUCCGCCACUAUCUAUACGUUUACAAACCGUGUGCACUUGGUUCGGGUUAUUUGUGUUAUGACCAGCUCCUCUCGAUACCCUUCCGGGCAAACAGACGUUAUAUCUGAAAACUACUACUCAAAAGCGGGCGAGGAAAUUUUUGCUGGAAUGGUUCUGUCGAUCUCUCGAUGUGUUUUUUCUUUUCUUUCCCUAUCCGCUGCUCUCAUCUUCUGUACAAUAACGACAGGCUGUAAAACAGUCAAUCAAUGAAUAAGUAGAAUUGAUAACUUUAGUUACAGUACUCUCUAGUUUGAUUAUGUAUUUAUCGACAAAAUAGUUCACACUGAAUUUGUGUUGUGGAAUCAUAUUU